AUGGCUUCCGUUAUGGUUGCGCGGCAAUCACGUGUAAACAUGAAGUUCUCGACGAAUUCCCCUCGAUCGUUAGCACCAGGAUCGCUGAAAGUCGUCGCCGAGAAGUUCGUGAACCUGACCAAUCAACAUGGCGGUGUCUUGGAUUUAAAGGAUGCAGCUGCAUUUUUGAGUGUCCCAAAGCGACGCCUAUACGACGUGGUGAACGUUCUUCAAGGAGUCGGAUUAAUGGAGAGAGUGCGAAGGAAUACGUUUCGUUUUGUUCCGGACGGAGUUCUAAGUGGAGAUGACUAUGUGGAAUCGCUGCGGGAAGAGUGUGAUAGUCUUCUGGAGGAGGAAGCAUCGUUGGACGAUAUGAUCCACGCACUGCUUAGUGAUAUACGAGACGUAAAGAGGGAUGUUCACGCUUAUGUGGAGAUUCAUGAACUGCGAUCUUUGCAACGAUUUUUUGGUCAAACAUUGAUCGCAGUGACUUCGAUUCCGGGAGUGACGUCCUCGAUCUCAACGGAGAAUCGAUCGGGAACGUUUAAAAUGAUGAUAAAAACUGAGAAGGGUGCAGCACUUCGUGCUUUUCUGUCUCCAUCGGAUUCUUACGUAUUUACCGAUGUUGAUGAACUUACUUUUCGAAAUAACCCCCAGCAGAAAGACGAAAAGAAGCCCAAUCUCAUCGUUGAUUCGCUUAAUGAGGAAGAGAUUACGUUCCACAAUGAAUUACUUGACUGUAUACUGAAGGGACUGCUCAAUUCUUCCAUGCAACAGGACGAAGAAAAUCCGGAAGUGAAAUGCAGUUCCAGUCCUUCAGAUCUAUUUAUUCGCAAGAGGGUUUUUUUUGGCUCAAACUUAUGUUUUUUCGAUGUUUUCUUAGGCAGAGUAGAUCAAGAUUGUGUUUGCAGGUUCAUUUACAUUUAUGCAUCGUUCUCAGUGCACAGCUUAUGA